GGCAGGUGGCUGGCUGCCGUCCUUUUUGCAAAGGCUUCUGGACUCUGGCCUUUAGAACCUAAUGGUUUCCAUUCAUUCGCGCCUUGCUUUUUCAGGCUAGGAGUGGGCGGAGUUAGGAUGGCUGCGCCACUGUUGCCGAGGCGACGCCUUGGUUACUUCCGCUGGUUUCAAUGCUUCCGGGUUGGCGCUGCGGUGGCGUUUCCUACUGUGGUAGCCUCCGCUUCCCAGUCGUCUGCUGAGCUCGAGCAGCUGAGUCCCCUCCCUGUCUUUCACUCUUCUGGCAUCGGUGGCUUUACUUCUUCGAUUGAGCUCUGCUUCCUCGACCCCCCUGGGAGGCUGCCUCCUUCAGGCGCCUCCCUUCUCUCUACGAAUUCGCUCUGACAGCCGAGGAACUGGCAAGAUCCUGCACCCAGAGGGUGAAUGGGUAUCUUUCCCGGAAUAAUCCUAAUUUUUCUAAGGGUGAAGUUUGCAGCGGCGGCAGUGAUUGUAAGCGGACAUCAGAAAAGUUCCACUUUAAGCCAUGAGAUGUCUGGUCUGAACUGGAAACCUUUUGUGUAUGGCGGCCUUGCCUCUAUUGUUGCCGAGUUCGGCACUUUCCCUGUGGAUCUUACUAAAACACGGCUGCAAGUUCAAGGCCAGAGUAUCGAUGUCCGUUUCAAAGAAAUAAAAUAUCGAGGGAUGUUUCAUGCCUUGUUCAGAAUUUAUAAGGAAGAAGGGAUCUUGGCUCUAUAUUCAGGAAUUGCCCCUGCUUUACUAAGACAGGCAUCAUAUGGCACCAUCAAAAUUGGUAUUUAUCAAAGCUUGAAGCGAUUAUUUGUAGAACGUCUGGAAGAUGAGACUCUCCUAAUUAAUAUGAUCUGUGGGGUAGUGUCAGGAGUGAUUUCAUCUACUAUUGCCAAUCCUACUGAUGUUCUAAAGAUUCGAAUGCAGGCUCAAGGAAGUUUGUUCCAAGGGAGCAUGAUUGGCAGCUUCAUUGAUAUAUACCAGCAGGAAGGCACCAGGGGUCUGUGGAGAGGUGUGGUCCCAACGGCUCAGCGUGCUGCCAUCGUUGUGGGAGUAGAGUUGCCCGUUUAUGAUAUCACCAAGAAGCACCUGAUAGUUUCAGGAAUGCUGGGGGACACAAUUUUAACACACUUUGUUUCCAGCUUUACCUGUGGUUUGGCUGGGGCUCUGGCAUCUAACCCUGUGGAUGUGGUGAGAACUCGGAUGAUGAAUCAGAGGGCGAUCGUGGGACAUGUGGACCUCUACAAGGGGACUUUGGAUGGUAUUUUAAAGAUGUGGAAACAUGAGGGAUUUUUUGCACUCUAUAAAGGAUUUUGGCCAAACUGGCUUCGACUUGGACCCUGGAACAUCAUUUUUUUUAUUACAUAUGAGCAGCUCAAGAGGCUUCAGAUCUAAGAACUGGAAAUCCAUCAGCCCAGCCCUGCCACCCUUUCUACCGUUCCUCUUUGUGUUCCUGAUGUAUUUUUGACAAAGAUGUAUGUGUUUACAGAACCAGCAGUCUCACAGGGUCCCCUGACUGAGGAGUAGUAGGGUGACUUAAGGUUGUUUAUGCAUUUGCGUUACCUCUUCCCUGAGAGGAAGUAUCGACUUUGAGAGUGUGACCCCAGAUUGGUGUCUUCUGUGAAGAUGGAUACUGGUGGGUGACAUUCAAAAGGGCCUUUCCAACUGUGGCUUAAAUGUAGUUGGUUUUCCCUAGGCAGGCUACAGCAGCAAGCUAUAGCACAGUUACUGCUAUGUAUGUUUUUGAUCUUGGUUCUCAUUAAAGUAUUUAUUGGUUGAACCAU